AUGCAAUAUAGUUCGAGGUUUCUGGAAUUGAACAUUCCAGAUUCGUUUCUCAAUGUCAAUAAGAUCCCUGACGCUACCAAAUUCAUUGCAAUCAUAUAUAUAUGUUUAACAACAUCCCUUUUCUGCAUAAGGAGAUCAUUGUACAGCAAACUACUCCUCGAAGACCCAAAUGUGGACUAUGGCUUGAUUACUUCACCUAUUCUACAAAUGGUACCUUCGCAGAUUUGGAAAUACCCUACAUCAUUAGUUUUAUCCAAUUUCAUCGAUACAAAGGCCUGGAAAGUGGCAGUGAAUUUAUUAAAUCUAGUUAUUGGUGGUUCCUUUAUUGAACGCAAUUGGAACUCUUCCAAAGAAAUGUUCAAAUUUAUCGUGGUUCUAGGUUCGUUGACAAAUUUGUUGAUCAUCGUGUUGACCUUGUUAACGUCUUUUACUUCAAAGAAGGUGACAUUAGAUGUUCCUUUGGACGGUAAUUAUACUAUUUUAAUCGGGUUCCCCAUCAUCUAUAGACAACUACUACCGGAAACCACUAUAAUCAAUCUUAAAACACCUCAUUUUUUGGCCAAAAACUUUAGAUUCAAACUCCUACCCAUUUUUGUUAUGUUUGUAAUGACAAUAACUCAAAUAAUAUGGUUCCAUCAUUUUGCACAGUUGUUCUCCAUUUGGAUUACUUUUUUUGCAAGUUGGUCAUACCUGAGAUUUUUUCAAAGGCUCGCACCAUUAAAUUGUCCUUCUCUACCAACAGCCGACCCUCAAAAUGUCCAGGAAACAUUAAUUGGUGACGCGUCUGAUACUUUUCAGUUAAUUUAUUUCUUUCCUGAUCUGAUUAAACCUCUUUUGAGACCGAUUUUCAAUUUUGUUUACGAUGUAAUUGUACUCAAAUUUAGAAUAAUUAAGCCCUUUCAUGAUGUAGAUAUUGAUAUUGGAAAUUCCAUUGCAGAAAGUAGAGGUGCUAAAAGGGUCACAACUGUAGAGGAAAGACGAAGACAGUUGGCCUUAGAUGUCUUGGAAGAACGUAUGGUGAAUGCUUGA